CUCAUUGAGGACGGCGGCAGCCGAAAGCCAGCCACGGCUGUCUAUUCGACAAGAGCCAUGGGCGUCCGAGAAAACUGUUGGAAGGCAUUAAGGAUUGUCGCCGUUCUGGGGAUUUCCUUAUAUUGCACGCGGCAUGCCCUCGCCAAUACAGAUGGGUUGUCGUUACGACUGGUGGGCGGAAGCUCACCAAACGAGGGCCGCGUUGAGGUUUACGUAGGCAAAACCUGGGGCACUGUAUGUGACGACAACUUCGGCGAUGCCGCGGCUUCUGUCGUCUGCCGCCAGCUGGGUUACGCUGGGGGUGUUGCGGUCUAUCAAUACCGCGAUGCCCCUUGGGCCCCAGGAAGCGGACCUAUCUUCAUGGACAACGUUGACUGCCAGGCCUCAUUAAGAGGCGCUCCAGCGUACUUGUGGGACUGCCGGUUCAAUGGCUGGGGUGUGCACGACUGCACACAUAUCGAGGACGUCGGUGUGCGGUGUUACGAGGAUGCGCCUCCACCACCACCGCCUGCAGAUUACAAGAUAAGGCUGGUGGGCGGAAACUCGGAGAACGAGGGCCGCGUCGAGGUGUACAAAGAUGGCGUUUGGGGCACCGUAUGCGAUGACUUCUUCACCAAUCUGGAGGCCACUGUCGUGUGUCGCCAGCUGGGAUAUGAAUCGGGUGUUUUCCGAUACGGCAGCUAUGCAAUUUGGGGUUCUGGAAGCGGACCUAUCCUCAUGGACGACGUGGCUUGCAGGUUCGAAAUUGAUGGUUCCCUUCCGUCAAACUUGUGGGAUUGCUAUUUCGGAGGAUGGGGCCAGCACAACUGCAAUCAUGAAGAGGUGAAUGGCGACUACCCUGUGCAGCUGGUGGGCGGGAGAUCGGCUAACGAGGGCCGCGUUGAGAUCUACAAGGAUGGCGAAUGGGGAACCGUCUGUGACGACUACUUCGGGAACAUGGAAGCCACUGUCGUGUGCCGCCAGCUGGGCUAUCAAUCGGGCGUGGCAGUGUACUUGUACAACUCCAAUAAUGCCCGGACCUGGGGACCUGGAAGUGGACCUAUCCUCAUGGACGAUGUUCAGUGCGAGCUCAAAUCAGAUGGCACCCUUCCCGAGCGCGUGUGGAAUUGCAGAUUCAACGGAUGGCGCAGACACAACUGCAUGCAUUCCGAGGUCAGUUGUGUAUGCGUGUAUUAUAUGGCUGUAAGACGGUCCUACCCUGUGCGGCUGGUGGGCGGGAGAUCGGCUAACGAGGGCCGCGUUGAGAUCUUCAAGAAUGGCGAAUGGGGAACCGUCUGUGACGACUUCUUUGGUUUCCGGGAGGCCACUGUGCUUUGCCGUCAGCUGGGCUAUUCGCGGGGCAGUGCGGUUUACCAGUACAAUAACAAAGCACCCUGGGGCCCAGGAGACGGACCCAUCCUGAUGGAUAACGUCCGAUGCAUGCACACAAAAGGUGGCUCUCUUCCUGGGCGCUUAUGGGACUGCCUAUUCAACGGAUGGCGCAUAAACGACUGUUCGCAUGACGAGGUCGUUAACGAUUACCUGGUGAAGCUGGCGGGCGGGGACUCACCAAACGAGGGCCGCGUUGAAAUCUUCAAGGAUGGCAGAUGGGGCUCCGUAUGUGCUGACGGCUUCAGCGAUGUGGAGGCCACUGUCGUGUGUCGCCAGCUUGGCUAUGGAUCGGGUGUUGCCCUUUUCCGGUACUACAGCUAUACAAAUUGGGGACGAGGACGUGGACCCAUCCUCAUGGACAACGUUAACUGCCAAGACUCACCAAAUGGCCUCCCAGCGCGCUUAUGGGAUUGUUCUUUCAACGGUUGGGGUGUACACGAUUGCUCACAUAAGGAGGUGAGCUUUUUUCGCCCGCCGCUCUGGGGAGGGUCAUGUUGA